AUGUCCAGCAUUGAAGAAGAAAUGGAACUUUUGAAAGAGAGCAACGAUGAAGGACAACAAGAGCCCAUUGUGGAUAUGGAGGCUGUUGCAGCAGAGCUUCUAGAUGGGGAGCUGCUAGAAGGAGUGCUGCCAGGAGACAAUGAGGUUGAUUCGAAUGCCUUGAAUGAAGUACCAAAUGGUGAAGAAAAUGCCGUUGCCGAAGCUCUUGGUGGUGUAUCGGAAGGAGACGGAGAUCCAAUUCCAGUAGUUGCGAAACCUGCUGAAGUUGUUGAAACUGUUGCUGUUGAUAGUGGAGCUGAAGGAGACACCGACCCAGUUGCUGCAGUUACUAAAGUUGCUGAAGAUGGUGUUGAUGUUGGAGAUGUAGCCCGAGCUGAUAAAGCUGAAGCCGUUCAAGCAGGAGCCGCUGGAGCAGAAGCUGCUAUCGAUGGAGCUAAAGGAGACGCCAAACCAGUUGCUGCAGUUACCGGAGUUGCUGAAGAUGGAGCUGCUGUUGGAGAUGUUGUCCAAGAUGAUGGAGCUGAAGCCGUUCAAGCAGGAGCCGCUGGAGCAGAAUCUGCUAUCGAUGGAGAUAAAGGAGACGCCAAACCAGUUCCAGCUGUGGCUAGAGGUGCAGCAGCUGAAGCUGUAGAAGCUCGUCGUCAAGGUCGUCAACGCCGCCGAGCUCGUCAAGCAUCAGUUCAAGCCGAUGAUGAGGAAAUCGAGGUCAUUCGAGACGACUUCGAGGACCAAGGAGUUGUCCCAGAGUUGACCCUCCAGGCGAGCAUUGAGAAGGCAGUCAGGAAGGCAACCCGGGAAAUGAGAAGCGAGAUUCGCGCUCUUCGAAACGAAGUGUCGCACCUGAAAAUGCGUAACUACGUGGCCGACGAAUUCGCGCGCCCGGGUUCCGGGAAAAUAACUUCGGCGGAGUUGAACAUCGAGCUGUACAGAAAAUGUCUACAGGAUCAUUUGAUGAGAAACCCUGCCUUGUUGUUGGCCGGAAUGAACCAAGGAGUCGGUAUGCCGUUGGCCCCAGGAGUCAGUCUGCCACUGGCCCAAGGAGUUGGCCUUCCACUGGUCCAAGGAGUUGGUAUUUCAAAUGGAGCCGCGGUCCCACCAGCUCAAGAUGCGUCUACGAAUGGAAUCGAAGGAGCUGAAGAAGAUGUCGAAGACGAAGAGGAUAUCAACGACGAAGAAGAUGACGAGCUGAUGGAUGAAGAGGAGCCAAAGGAGGUGAUCGAUGUGGACGAUGAGGAGCCGGCUCCAAAAAAGGCAAAAACAGACGAGUAA